AUCACGUUUAUAAGAAGCCAAUUGCUUAUCAAACUCAUUUUAUUUAUGUGAUCUUUACAGCUGUGUUUUUCUUCUCUACGCAAUUUUCCCCAGAUCAUGGCCCUGUAGCCUGUAGGCACAGCCGUCUGCAAAGCAUCAAAUUGAAUCAUUCAAUCACCAUAUAUUAACGAAAAUGUUACCACUGAGACCGUUCAUCGCCGCCCGCCAUUACCAUAAUCCCUGCUUCUGUGCUCAUCGUCCAUGGCUACUCAGACCCUUCACAUUCCCCUGCGCCCCGCCCUCUCCCCGCCCCUCUCCCGUAGCGUGGCCGUCAUUGGCGCGGGUGCCGGCGGCUUAGUCGCCGCCCGCGAGCUCCGGCGAGAGGGCCACAAAGUCGUCGUGUUCGAGCGGGCGGACCAGGUCGGAGGCACCUGGGUCUACAACCCGCUCACAGAAUCGGAUCCUCUGGGGCUCGACCCGUCUCGGGAAAUCGUACACAGCAGCCUCUACGCUUCUCUCCGCACCAACCUCCCCAGAGAAUCCAUGGGUUUUCGCGAUUACCCGUUUGUGGCCGUGGAGUCGAAGGAGAGGGACUCGAGAAGGUUCCCGGGUCACCGCGAAGUACUGUUUUAUCUGAGGGACUUUGCCAGAGAUUUUGGAUUAUGUGAACUAGUGAGGUUCGAGACGCAGGUUUCCCACGUUGGAUUGGCGGAGGAUGGGAGGUGGACGGUGAAGUCUCGCCGUAGCAGAGGCGGUGAUGAUGAAGAUGAGAUUUACGAUGCUGUUGUUGUUUGUUCUGGUCACUAUACGGAGCCUCGGAUCGCUGAAAUUCCUGGCAUCAACAAGUGGCCGGGGAAGCAAAUGCAUAGCCACAAUUAUCGCACUCCUGAGCCCUUUCAAGAUCAAUUUGUUAUAUUAAUAGGGAGUUCUGCAAGUGCUGUUGAUAUUUCUGGUGACAUUGCUGGAGUUGCUAAAGAAGUUCAUGUUGCAACAAGAUCUGAUGAUGCGUUUGGAGUGCAUUCUUGCUAUAAGAAUAUAUGGUUUCACUCUAUGAUAGAAAGUGCCCAUGAAGAUGGUAAUGUGGUAUUCCAAGAUGGGAGCAUGGUACAUGCCGAUGUCAUUCUGCACUGCACAGGAUACAAGUAUCAUUUUCCUUUUCUUGAGACCAAUGGGAUUAUCAAUGUGGAUGACAAUCGUGUGGAUCCAUUAUACAAGCAUGUUUUCCCACCUGCCUUGGCACCACGGCUUUCAUUUGUUGGGUUACUAUGGAAGGUUAUCCCAUUCCCAUUGUUUGAACUCCAAAGUAAAUGGAUAGCUGGCAUCUUGUCUAGUCGGAUUGCACUUCCAUCACAAGAGGAGAUGAUGAGAGAUGUUGAGUCCUUUUACUUAAAACUUGAAGCUUCGGGCAUUCCUAAGCGAUACACACACAAUAUUUCUAGUUAUCAGUUCGAGUACAAUGAUUGGCUUGCUGCAGAGAGUGGUUGUGCAGUUUCUGAGGAAUGGAGGAAGCAAAUGUACGAUGCAGUUGGUAAGAAUAGGCAUCAGCGGCCAGUGACAUAUCGAGAUGAAUGGGAGGAUCAGCACUUGAUAUUCAAAGCUCAUGAGGACUUCGCUAAGCUCUUAUUGUAAUGGUAUUUCUUUGUAACCGAGUUUAUAUUCUGGUGGAAAUAAGCUUGUUGGAUCAAUUCUUAGUCUCCAUUCUAUGUUAUUUUCCCCUCCAUUUCAUUGUUGUGUUUUUUUUCUAUACUGAAGUUUGUUCAAGAAUUGACAUUCAAUAAUGAGUGAAAACUUUCUAAUCUGAAAA